GGAGAGAAUCUAGGGUUCUAACAAAAUUCCCCAAAUUUCUAAAAAAUUUGAUUUUUAUCACUCAUCGAUGAAGCGACAGCUUCAGGGAAGUGAUUCCAGCGACUACUCAAACUCUGAUUGCUUUGAAAUCCGAAAACAUGAAGAUGACGACAUCUCCGGUUCGGAGACGAUGCUCAGAAAGAGAAAGAAACUGAAGACGGCAACGACAUUGUUGGAACCUUCUUCUUCAGGUGCUUGGAAGAGGAACUGGACUAGAACCGAAGAGCUUCUCAUUCUCGAGGGUAUUGAGGAUUAUGAAAAAGAAAACAAGUGUAGCUACACAUCUGACUGGAAUGCGAUUUACGAUCGAAUCAGAGAUUCAAUGGGAUCAGAUUUCUCUAAGAAACAGCUAAUAGAUAAGGUUUACAAGUUGAAGCUGAGAUUUGGAGAUAAUCAGGCGAGAUCUAAUGCUGGAAAAAGACUUUCUUUUACUAGUGCUCAUGAUAAACAAGUCUUUAAAUUGUCUACGGUCAUAUGGGGUAAUAACAAAACCAAAUAUGAGAUUAUGGACCAAACAAAGAAACGGGUGAGUAAUGCGAUUGAUGAUGGUGAGAAAGAAAAGUGUGAGGAUUUAAAUGUUCUGCAAGAUGCACUUGAGGUGGUGGCAUCAUUUCCGAGUUUAGGUAUCUAUCAACAGAAGUCGCUGCUUCAAAAUUUGAAAAACCUUGGAGCUACACAAAGGAAAAAGCUAACUGAUGAAUGGAAGGCAUUGCUUGCUGAGGACAUGCAAUUGGGUAUCAAGAAACAAAGUUUCUAUGCAAAGCUUGUUAAAGAGGGAUUUUCUACUUAACUCUACAAGGAAAAUACUUCUGCUUUUGGAAUGUUAUCACUUAUCAUGAUAUUUUAGGUUAAGCUAUCUUUUUGAACAGUUAAAUUAAAAGGGCUUAUGGCUUCUUUUUGGUAAGUGUAAUGGUGUGAGUAAAUCUCAUGGAAUAUAUGCAUUUUUGUCUU